AUGAAGUUUGUAGGGGAUGCGAAGGAGCCAUACUUGUUCAGCACAAACAACUUCCAUGGAAGGCAGAUAUGGGAGUUUGAGGCUGAUGCAGGAACACCGGAAGAAAGAGCUCAAGUUGAAAACGGUUGCCACAAUUUCUAUCGUAAUCGGUUCCACCUCAAGGCUUGCAGUGACCUUCUCUGUCGCUUUCAGUGUAGCUUGCUGUUCAGAACCAUGUCGCCGGAACUUGUAGGAAAGCCAAUUGAACUGGAGCGUUUAUAUGAUGCAGUCAAUGUCAUACUUACACUACAGGCUAAAAAUGGAGGUGUAUCAGCUUGGGAACCAACAGGAGCUCCAGGAUGGUUGGAUUGGCUGAAUCCUGUGGAUUUCCUUGAGGACCUUGUCAUCGGAUAUGAGUAUUUAGAGUGCACUUCCUCAUCACUUCAGGCCUUAGUUCUGUUUAAGAAGUUAUUCCCUGGGCAUAGGACAAAAGAAAUUGAUAAUUUCAUCACAAAGGCUGCAAAAUACAUUGAAGACAAACAAAUGCCAGAUGGUUCAUGGUAUGGGAAUUGGGGAAUUUGCUUUUUGUAUGGGACAUGGUUUGCAAUUAAAGGGUUGGAGGCAGCAGGGAAGAGCUACGACAACAGUGAGGCUGUGAGAAGAGGUGUUGAAUUUUUACUUAACACACAGAGAAAGGAUGGUGGUUGGGCUGAGAGCUACAAGUCAUGCACUAAUAAGGUAUAUACACCAUUUGAAGGAGACCACUCAAAUCUGGUGCAAACUGCAUUAGGAUUGAUGGGUUUAAUCCAUGGUCGACAGUGUGAUAGAGAUCCAACUCCUAUUCAUCGAGCUGCAAAGCUUUUGAUAAAUUCCCAACUGGAAACUGGGGAUUUCCCACAACAGGAACUUAUGGGAGCACUCUUUAGGAACUGCAUGCAACACUAUGCCGCUUACAGGAACAUUUUUCCACUCUGGGCUCUCGCUGAAUAUCGGAAUUUGAUUCCAUUUCCUUGUGGUUUUAGAGAGGUACCUCACGGAUUGUAUACAAGUUUUAUAUAUAGGAGGGAGCCGGAUUUGAGUGGCUGUGGCCUUGAGGUCUCCGAUGAUUCAAUUGGUGACAUAGUGUGUUUGAGGUAUCUUGAUGUGUCUCAAGCAUAUACUAAAGUCUUGCUGCAUAGCAUAGAAAAUUUUCAUUUUUCACAGUCUUUGCAUGUAUCUGGUUGCUAUAAUCUUGAAAGGUUGCCAAAGCUAACAAAUAUGUUAAGCCUCAGACAUCUCAAUGACAAUCGAUGUGAAUCAUUGACCACCAUGUUACCUUUAGCCAAAACGUCUUGGUUUUUUCCCAUCAAUGAGGAUGAGGCGCUACCUGCAUUUGGAAAUCAGCUUCAAACAUUACCACUCUUUAUUGUUGGCGGUGAUGCUGACUUGGAUCUUCUGAAUUUGCUUAGCAUCAGCAGGAGUCUGAAUAUCACACACUUGGAGAAUGCUCAUCUGCAUUGUGGGUCAGCAUACUCUUUGUUGAAAGGAGACAGCCUUGAACCUUAG